AUGGUUUGGAGGAUCACCAUGACAACUCUUUCUCAUGGAUCCCACUCUGUGCUGCCGCGGUGGGACCGUGGUGGGACCGUGACCGUGGUGAGACCGUGGUGGGACCGUGGUGGGACCGUGGUGGGACCGUGGUCAGACCGUAGUGGGAUCGUGGUGGGACCGUGGUGGGACCGCGGUGGGACCGUGGUGAGACCGCGGUGGGACCGUGGUGGGACCGUGGUGGGACCGUGGUACGACCGUGGUGGGACCGUGGUGGGACCGUGGUGGGACCGUGGUCAGACCGUGGUGAGACCGUGGUGGGGACCGUGGUGGGACCGUGGUGGGACCGUGGUGGGACCGUGGUCAGACCGUGGUGGGAUCGUGGUGGGACCGUGGUGGGACCGCGGUGGGACCGUGGUGAGACCGCGGUGGGACCGUGGUGAGACCGCGGUGGGACCGUGGUGGGACCGUGGUCAGACCGUGGUCAGACCGUGGUGGGACCGUAGUGGGACCGUAGUGGGACCGUGGUCAGACCGUGGUCAGACCGUGGUCAGACCGUGGUGGGACCGUGGUGGGACCGUGGUGGGACCGUGGUCAGACCGUGGUGAGACCGUGGUGGGACCGUGGUCAGACCGUGGUGGGACCGUGGUGGGACCGUGGUGGGACCGUGGUCAGACCGUGGUGAGACCGUGGUGGGACGGUGGUGGGACCGUGGUGAGACCGUGGUGGGACCGUGGUGGGACCGUGGUGGGACCGUGGUGGGACCGUGGUGGAACCGUGGUGGGACCACGGUGGGACCGCGGUGGGACCGUGGUCAGACCGUGGUCAGACCGUGGUGAGACCGCGGUGGGAUUGUGGUGGGACCGUGGUGGGACCGUGGUGGGACCGCGGUGGGACCGUGGUGAGACCGUGGUCAGACCGUGGUCAGACCGUGGUGGGACCGUGGUGGGACCGUGGUGGGACCGUGGUCAGACCGUGGUCAGACCGUGGUGGGACCGUGGUGGGACCGUGGUGGGACCGUGGUGGGACCGUGGUCAGACCGUGGUGAGACCGUGGUGGGACCGUGGUCAGACCGUGGUGGGACCGUGGUGGGAUCGUGGUGGGGCCGUGGUCAGACCGUGGUGGGACCGUGGUCAGACCGUGGUGGGAUCGUGGUGGGACCGUGGUGGGACCGUGGUGGGACCGUGGUGGGACCGCGGUGGGACCGUGGUGGGACCGUGGUGGGACCGUGGUGGGACCGUGGUGGGACCGUGGUGGGACCGUGGUCAGACCGUGGUGGGACCGUGGUGGGACCGUGGUCAGACCGUGGUCGGACCGUGGAGAUAA